AUAACAGAAUUACAGCUGGCAGCGAUGCACCACUUGCACCUCUGUAUAAAUGGAGCAUUGUUACUGUGCAAUGUGAUCUAUUUGUCUAUCCUUUGGAUCAGCUAUAUGGUAUGAUGAGGUGGAAUAGGUCUGCUGGAAGUUUGUUAUUUGAGCAGCUGCAGCACUGGCCUUAACAUGAACAAUCACAACACGCGACAUCACCAUGGAUUCUGACCAUCCAUGAUGCUAAACCAAUCCCACACAAUCACAAACCUGUCAUCAUCACCAAAUUGGAGAGACCCACUAAUUCCAUCCAAUUAAUCAAAAAUUGCUGAAGUCCAGUUGUUACUCUACUGUAUCAUAUUUCACAGCAAGCUUCAAACCAUGAAUUUGUUUAAAAAUGAUGGUUGAAGCUCUGUCGGUAUUGAACCACACCCUAUAGUUGUGCUAUUUUGUGGCUUGGGGCUUCAGGAGGUGGCUUACGGUGCUGCAGCGAUGUGAAUUUAGGAGCUGUGUUUGUAUGCUUGUGUGCUGGUAUUUGCUGUGUAUGUGUGUGAUGGUGGCACCUAUAGCUCGAUAGCGGCCAUGGGGGUGAAGAUUGGUGUGGUUGUAGGCAAUCAUGGAGGAGGAAAUUGGUUGUGGUUUGGUCGAAGGAGGUUGGCUGUGCAGCUUCUAAUUUCUGGAGUUUUACAUUGUCUAUGCCUUUUUGUUCCAUUUAUGGCUUUUCAAGCCUAUGGAUACUACAAUAUUUGUGCGAGAGGUUUUCCGGAUGAAUCAAGGUCUUGGUGCAAGGCAAGACUUCCUUUACUGUACAAUUACAUUCAAAGUCGUUAUUGGGGAGUGGGUUUUUUAAGAUAUUUCCAGUUAAAGCAGUUACCAAAUUUUCUACUUGCAUCUCCAAUAUUGUCUCUAGCGCUUUGCUCAAUCAUAUACUAUGUCAAGCUGCGGCCUGAGGUUUUUUGCUCACUUGGUUUCCAAUCUUCUCCUAUGGGAAAAAGAACUGCUGGUGCAUUCUUUGCUGUGGGAGGAGACACAAACUCACAAAGUGUCUUUUCAGAGAAACAAACUGCCAAAUUAUUGCAAGGUACUUUUUCAUUUGAAAUUGGCCUGGGAGUUUUUGGUUUAUAA